GGUCAUUUCUUAGCACGAGUUACAGGCAUCGCUAGUCGGGAACACACGAUCCUCAUUCCCCUUGUGGGGACGAUCGGCCCCCGACUGCCGUGCCAUGUUCUCCUAGUUCCUGCCACUCUAAACUAAAGGGAGAAGUGGCGUGUCCGUGUCAUUGAUACGCUCUGUCCGUAUUUCUUCAAUCAUAUUGCGUGGUACUCCCUCGUUUGCAGCUUGUCUUCUUUCUGAAAAUAGUGCUUUCUUUCUUUCUUUUUCUUCUUGCUCCUCUAUUCAUUCGUUUGGGUGAUUUCCCUUUCUAUACCACGCAUUGUUUCGCAUCGUUCGCUACCAAAACGAUCUUAACACUGGAUCGAUCUGUAUCGCCUCCAUACAUCCUAACGGACAACGUGCUUCCCGGUGGCCCAUUCGUUCCCCACUCGACCGCCUCUUUGCCCCCUUUCCCUUUUCACACGGUCCUUUUGUCUCACGGGCUUUCUUUCAUCGACUACUAGAUUUUUGUUGAUCUGGUAUUGAUCCCUAUCUAAUGCAACACACACGUUUUCAUGAUGAGUGUCGUCGCCAGUAGACCCGACAGCACUGCUGUGUCCUAUUCGCCAAUUCCUCAUCAAAGCCAUGGGUACAAGGAUCCUUAUACAGUGACGGUGCAGCCGGUCUCAUCUCGCACGUCCUCGAUUUCUUCCUUUAAAUCCAACUAUAGUGUGUCGACAGCCCCGACGGUGUACUCCCCAAUCUCGCCUAGCCCUUCAUAUCAUAUGUGCGAUUCUGCUGCAUCUUUGGAUAAGAUUUUGGAAUCAAAGUUUAAACGCCUGCCUCUGGAUGUACUUGAUAAUGUCUUAAACCAACUAGAAACAUUGCAUACUAGUUCAAACCAACAGGGAUGCUUAACAUGCUACCAGCGCGACCUGCACGCGCUGUCUCUGACUUGUCGGACAUGGGAAAAAGUGGUUAGGCCCAAGCUUUACAAUCGUAUCCAUAUCAUUGGUAACGAUUCCCCAGCCCAACUGAAGAAAUAUCGGAUGAAGCGAGGAAGCCGGCUAAAACUCCUUCGGCGCACUCUCCGGGAAAGAAAAUUGCUGGCCAACCUUGUCCUGGAACUUCGUGUCCCCCAGAUGGAUUUGUUAUUUACACAAGGGAAACAGAGCACCCAAUGGGAAGAGUACAGAGAUUUGGUAGCGUCGGUCGUUAUGGUCUGCCCCAACCUGGAACGGCUGCUGGGCUUGAGUAUUCCGUAUAACCACCAAUUCGAUCGGUUGACCCACGCAUUAUCCACACGACGAAAGCUGAAGGAACACACAUGGCUUUUGGGCGAGGCAGUUGAUGUUUUAGAAGGAUCACCCCGCAGCACCUCUUGCCCUGGAAGUCUGGGACCUUCGCAGAUGUUCGAGUUUCUGGACUAUCACGCCUCAUGGACAAACCUGGAAACCCUGAUGCUGUACGGAAUUAGCGAAAAUAAUGCUCUUGAACCGAGCAUCUUUCUGCGCAUGUUCAGCCUCUUACCGUCGCUACAAAACCUGUGCAUUGCAAAUUUCGACGCAGAAGCCUUCGCGGAUAGCACUUUGCUGUGCUUGCCAUCAUUGGAAUCUUUGCGCCUGGAGAACCUGCCCGGCGUUACUGAUACAGGAUUAUCGCAAUAUACGUCACGAACAGAAUCCCAUUCGCUCAAGUCAUUGGCCCUCGUUGAACAAAAUAUUGGAUCCUUACUCGUGAUCUCGAAGAUCUUAGCAUCCUUGCCGCAAUUAGAACGGUUCAAGAUCGUUCAGAAUGACAAAUGCCCCACUCUAGAUAGCGAUGGAAUCGUCUUCCAGCCGUUGUUCGCUUCAUCUACUCUCAAAUACCUUCAUUGGGAUGUUGCUUGUCCCAAUCCCAACACCGCCCUGACCAGGCUUGAUUAUGCUCCAUUUGUGAAGCCCCCGAAACAUAUCAACACACCCAAUUCUCAUCUCGCCCAAAGCAUUCUGUCGGACGGGUUUCCUCAGCUCGAGGCGCUCCGCGCACCAUCUGAUAUAGAGCCACCUGGUGUCCUACAGGCUGUUUGCCAGCCCAUUCCGAAAGGCCAGGCUCUUCUGCAGCCCGAUCGGUAUAGUCUCCCUCGCAGCUCCCACGGCUCUGUUAGCACACGACCAAUGGCCUUACCGGCGGGAAAUAACCUCACAUCGGCUCGGAUACGGGCUCAGACGUUCAUCGACAUGGCUGCGAAGGACACGGAAACCGGAAUGAGAGUACUCGUCACGGACCAUUCUGAUGGCUAUGUGCCAGACAGUGCCUUGGAAGACAUGUCAGAUGACGAUUUAGAGAUGGACAUGGACGAGUCUGUGGAAUGGGAUUCACCAGAGCGCCUGAGACACGAUAAGUUACCUGAGAAUGGCGAGGGGCCUGUUAUCGUGUGCGACUUUAGGAUGCCCGCUUACAUGGGCCGAGUAGGUAGCAGGAGGAAGGGACGGGAUGUGUCCAUUCCACGGUUCAUCCUGCGCCCUGAUAUACAGGGGCAAGAAGCUGAUGGUGGCCUGGUUGGCUGGAAGCACAUACUGGCCUCGAACCAGUCCUUAACAUACGCCGCAGGAGUUGGGGUACACUGCUUCGGAAAUAAGGGCAAUACCAGCCCACUUCCGGAGGAGCCUCCAUCUCCUGCGUCGACGACCGUUAGCCGAUUUGGCUUCGGAGGCAUCACCAGGAGCUCGACAUUUGGCUCAAGCCCCAACACUCCCAUAACGCCCUCGACACCGAUGAGCCUCUCGUCGCCGACUGCACUUCCGUGGGACAAGGACGCCUGCACCGGUUCCUGGAACUAUAGCCAUAAAAGCGGCCGAGAUUGGUGGUUCCACAUGGAGCGAGAACGCCCAGGGCAUAUCAAACUCAUCGACGUCAAACAGCUGUUCUAGCCGGUUAACGAUUUGCGCUCCACUGAAGCGAUUUCACGAGUAUACCACUGAUCUUACGCCCCCGACAUGUCUUUCGGUCAUUCUCUCUUUCACAAAAACAAGCAUGCAGGGCCCAUGCAGUAAAACCGCGCGCGGCG